UUCUCUGUGUGUUUUGUUAGUCCGUCGGUGGAUACCGCUGAUGCAAUGGACCAGUUGAAGUUCGUGGAGGUAUUGAAGGCUACUCUUGAUCCUGUCCAAAACAAGCAAGCCAAUGAACAUCUCGAACAGGUACAUAAGAUUAUCGGCUUCGCACCUGAAUUGCUCAAAAUCGUUAUGUUAGCUGAUGUUCCUUUGCCUGUUCGUCAAGCUGGCGCCGUUUACCUUAAAAAUGAAAUUGGGAGGCAUUGGCCCCCUCCAAGUGAAGAUGAAGCAAAACCCGGCGAGCCGGUUGAGUACUCAAUUCAUGAGCAGGACAAGGGGCUGAUCAGAAAUUCGUUGAUCGAAGCAAUCGCUGCAUCACCAGAAGUCAUCAGAACGCAGCUAGCGAUGUGCUUUCACACCAUCAUUCGUUUCGACUUCCCUGGGAAGUGGCCUGAUAUUGUGGACAAAAUAGGAGUUUAUCUGGAGAAUCCUGAUGUGUCUUUUUGGCCGGGAACUCUAUUGGCUCUUUAUCAACUUUGCAAAGGAUUUGACCGAAAACUUGCGCUUAGGUUCAAACGAGGGGAUGAACGGAAACCCUUCCUUGAUGGCAUGAAGCGAUUGCUGCCAUUGCUUUUCCAGCGAUGCGUGGAACUUCAAGCCCAAAGCCUCAACCAAGACAUAGUCCUGAUUCAGAAGCAGAUUCUAAAAAUAUUUCAUUCGCUGAUCGAGUUCUCUUUGCCUGUUGCCGUCGUGACCAUUCCUGAAUUGACGCGGUAUGGCUUGCCGAAGAAGUGCAGCAAAGAGUACAACCACAUUGCCUCAUGGCAUAUCAAGACCUUUCCCCCAACCGUCAUCCAAGUUCUCUUCAAGUUCCUGGAAGCCCACAGUAUGAAAAUCUACGUUUCUCAGCGAGUUCUGCAAGGCGUUCUUAACUACCUCACAAUUGCACUUAUGAGUCCAACUUGCUAUAAGAUGCUAAAACCACACAUCCCGAGUCUAUUAGAAAAAACAAUCUUUCCGAUCAUGUGUUUCUCGGAGAAGGAUGAGAGAACGAUGAAAGAAGACCCCAUUGAGCUCAUCAAGCAGAAAUAUGAUGUUUUGGAGGGAUUGAUGUCUGCUGAGCUUGCGGCGACUACGUUUUUGGAAAAAGGCUGCAAGCUUCGGAAAGAUUUCUUGGACAAGGCCAUGUUUCUGGCGUCGAAAGUAUUGACGGAUCCUGGUGCAGCUUUCAAUACCAAGGAUGGCGCAUUGCAUAUGGUUGGUGCAGUUUCGAAAACUUUGAUGAAGAAAGAGCCGUACAAGAGCCAACUGGAAGCUCUGCUAGUUGCUAAUCUCAUCCCAGCUUUUGAUAGUCCUUGUGGACUGUUGAGAGCCAGAGCCAAUUGGGUUGUGCAAAGAUUCGCUUCCCUGCCUUUCAAAAGUGACAAUGGAGAAAAUCUCAAGCGAAUCGUGCUGUUGAUUCUGCGAUCCUUGCUGUCCGAUCCAGAACUACCAGUGAAAGUGGAAAGUGCAAUGGCAAUACAAGAAAUUCUCUCAAAUCACGAUGAAGGCAUGCGAUUAUUGGAACCGCAGAUUCAAGAAAUUGUAAUGGAAAUACUGAAAGUUAUGCGAGAAACGAAGAACGAUGAACUCACCAAUGUUUUACAGCAUAUAGUUCGAGUUUAUAGCAAGCAGCUGGGUCCAAUAGUCUCGCAGAUUAUCAACCACUUGGCGCAAACCUUCAUUGAACUAGUAGGAACAAAAUCUACGGAUGAUGAGUCAUUGGCGUAUGAUAAAAGCGACGAGAACGCUAUCGCGGCUAUGGGUAUUAUUACAACGAUGGACGACAUUGCUGAAGUGUUCGAGGAAGAACCAGAAAUCAUGGCUACGAUUGAGCCCAUUCUGUUGAACGUGAUUUCGCACAUUUUCUCGAACAGUAUUUUAGAUUUAUACGAAGAAGCGUUUACACUCGCGGGAACACUUACGACGGAACGAGUGAGUGAAGAUUGCUGGAAGCUUUUUGAGAUGAUAUAUCAAGUCUUCGAGCGAGAUGGGAGCGACUAUUUUGAGGAAAUGAUGACGGCAUUGUAUCAUUUCAUUACCGUCAACACUGACGGUUUCUUAGCGAACAACGACCGUGUUUUAGCAUUAUUCAACAUUUGUAAGAAGAUACUUACGUCGAACCAGGGCGAAGACAUGGAGUGUCAUGCUGCUAAGCUUCUAGAAAUAAUCUUGCUGAAUUGCAAAGGGCGCAUUGAUGCGUGUGUUCCCGUUUUUGUGGAACUUGCAUUGAGUCGGCUUAUGUGCCAGGAAAUCGUCACAUCGGAAUUGCGAACGAUGUGCAUUCAAGUGGUAAUUGCGGCGAUAUUAUACAAUCCUGUCUGGGUUCUCGGAGAUGUAUUGCUGAACGUGCGUCUCCCUCCGCCGUCGAAUGUUGUACCAGCUGGAUAUGCGCUGGAGAAAUUCAUCGCACAGUGGAUGCACGAUAUAGAUUGCUUUUUAGGCAUUCAUGACCGGAAAACGAGCAUUUUGGGGAUCUGUGCCAUGAUGUCCUUGGAUCCCCAGACCCGUCCAGCUUGUUUAUCAAAUUAUGCCGACGCCUUCCUUCCAUCUCUGGUCGUACUGUUCGAUGGCAUUAAACGAGCAUAUGAGGCGCGUGCCGCGGAAAGAUCUGAUGAAGAAGAUGAAUCAGGAGACUCAGACACUGAUUCCAAGGGAGAACUGGGCAGCGACGAAGAGGAAGAGCAUUUAGAUGCGACUGUGAAGCCCGUCUUGGCCAGGCGAAAGAUGAACAGUGAUACUUUGGAAACUGAUGAUGAUGACGACGAUGACGAUUCUGAUUACGCUCCCGACGAGGAUUUCGCCGAUCUGGAGAUGUACUCGACCGUCAUCGAUGACGAUGAAACCGGGCUCGAUGAAUUUGCCAUUUUCAAGGAAGUGAUGAGCAUGAUGCCUAUGAGAGAUCCUGGAUGGUACGAGUCACUGACAUCGAAGCUAGAAAAGAAACAGAUGGAAUCGAUCCAGGCAGUCGGGGUUCUUGCGGACCAACGAAAAGCGGCGGCUGAAAGCAAGAAGAUCGAGAAAAGUGGCGGAUACAAGUUCACCCAACAGACUGUUCCGUCCUCCUUCAAUUUUGGCGGACCGAACUGAAACUGAAAAAAAAGGCGAAGCAGAAACCUCUAAAGUUGCAAUGGGUUUUUUACAAAUAGAACUAAGCGAACUUUUUGGGGUCUUCGUUCUAUGUUUCUUGCAACUCUUCAGCCCGUCAAAAAUGACAAAUCGUUUAAUUCGCGCAAAGCCUUUUUUUUUACGACGAUGAAGCAGAUUUUUCAAGCUUCCAAUGGAUCUGCGUUCACGUCGAUAAAGUCACGAAGUAGCGUUUUAUUAUAGAAAAUUAGAUUAUCACUUCCGGAUUUCUGAAAGUAUAAAACGUUUCAAAUCAAUCCAAAUCCGUAAAAAAAAAUCCAGUUUGAAUUUUUAAGAUAUUAUGACUCGGGUUUUCUCUCAUCUCAUGAGGAAAGAGUUGAACUGCGCAUAAUCUUGAAAUUAUUCUAGGUCUUUCCGCUUUCCUCCUGUGGUCAAUUUGUGAUGAGAAAUUCCAGUGAACCAUCUUGUUAUUGCGUCAAUUGGUAAGCUUUUAGCGUGAAACCCUCGUGAUGUCAUGUCGGCGCUACUGGAAGACGUGGGUGGAAACAGAUUGCUUUUUAAUCGGCGGUUGAGAGUUGUAAAAUUGAUUUCGGGUGUUCUUGAGGAUGAGAAGAAAUUGGCGAAGACCCUGGAAGGGUUCUGCUAGAGUUGAUUGGUUGU